UCCAGAUAUUAGUGUUGUGGCACAGUCCGUGGGUGCAACCCUUUGCCCAGGGCAGGGCCCAGUGUUUAGCUGGGAGUGGUGGAGGUUUGAAGUCAUGAUUGGACUUACAUAGCUGACAAUAUAUGGAAGGCCAGAGUCUCGGCUGUAUCCAAGGAAGGCGGGGACAGGGACAUGUAGAACCCGGAAAGAAAUCCAGCUGCUGCCCGGUGUCCGGGGUUAGCUAGUGAGUCCAUGUGCGCACCUGGUGGUCUUUCCGUGCCCUUACCCACGCGUGUCAGCCACUGAGGUCUCCGGCACUCAAGGGGCCAAUUCCUUCUCUUUGACUGAAUCGUUUCUGAUUUCACAAUGGAGAAUAAUCCGAGCAAGAUUUGCGACAAUGAACAGUGCGUGAGCUCUCAGGAGCCCCUUUUCUUUGCAGCACGUGAUUGUGAGGACGACCUGGGUCGCGGAAAACCUAUCCGAGGGAGGACAAAAUCCCGAAGUCUGUCUGCGUCUCCUGCGUCAGGAAGCACCAAGGAAUUCAGGCAUAUCCAGGAUCCAGCAAGUCAGCUGCUAACAUGGAACAAACCUCCGAAAAGUGUGUUGGUAAUAAAAAAGGUCAGAGAUGCCAGCCUACUGGAGCCCUUCAAACAGCUCUGUGUUUUUCUUAUGGAGGAGAAAAACAUGAUCGUUUAUGUCGAGAAAAAAGUACUGGAAGAUCCUGCCAUUGUUAACGAUGAGAAUUUUGGACCUGUAAAGAAGAGAUUUUGCACUUUCAGAGAAGAUUAUGAUGACAUCUCCAAUCAAAUUGACUUUAUUAUUUGCCUUGGUGGAGACGGAACCUUGUUAUAUGCAUCAUCACUGUUUCAGGCUAGUGUACCGCCAGUUAUGGCUUUUCAUUUGGGAUCACUGGGGUUCCUCACACCUUUCAGUUUUGACAACUUCCAGACUCAAGUUAACCACGUUAUAGAAGGUAAUGCAGCUCUCGUAUUGCGCAGCAGGCUAAAGGUAAAGGUUGCAAAGGAGCUUAAAGACAAGAAAUCUGUGGUGCAGAAUGGACUGGAGGAAAAUGGUAUUAUAGUGAAGAAAACUGAAAAGGAUUUGGUGAUGCAGACAAAGCACCAGGUCCUGAACGAGGUGGUGAUAGAUAGAGGCCCUUCUUCCUACUUAUCCAACGUGGAUGUUUUCUUAGAUGGGCAUCUCAUAACUACAGUGCAAGGCGAUGGAGUCAUUGUGAGCACACCGACUGGCAGUACAGCAUAUGCUGCUGCAGCUGGCGCCUCCAUGAUCCAUCCCAAUGUCCCUGCUAUUAUGAUCACCCCGAUCUGUCCCCAUUCCCUCUCCUUCCGGCCAAUUGUGGUUCCUGCUGGAAUGGAAAUUAAGAUCAUGCUGUCUCCAGAAGCCCGGAAUACAGCGUGGGUCUCAUUUGACGGGAGGAAGAGGCAGGAAAUCUGCCAUGGAGACAGUAUUAUCAUCACUACCUCUUGUUACCCUGUACCUUCCAUCUCCUUUCGGGACCCGAUUAAUGAUUGGUUUGACAGUUUGGCUGAGUGUUUACAUUGGAACGUCCGAAAAAAGCAGAACCAUUUCACAGCUGAAGAAGAAGAGUUUUAGUUUUCAAAGACUUUAUUGAAUGGGAUGCGCUUCCAUUUCCAACAGUCCUAUUGGUUCUUAACGUCCUGAUCUUGGACAGCAGAUCAAAGCUGGCAUAAGUACUUUUUAAGAGUCGUCAACUGUAAAGUACUGACCUGCAAAUAACCAGCUUCCUUUAUUUAUCAGACUAGUGAUAUCUCUUUACGAUUUUAAGACAGAGAUUUAUAUUUGUGUUUCUUAUGAAAGAUAACAAAAUUAUUACAUAGAGUUGUUUACAUUUUAUAAUUAAUUGUCCCAUAACUGAGAAAAAAAUUACAAAAUGUAUUUGUUCUUUUGCUCCAAAGUCUGUUUUAUAAGUUUUAUUAUUUUCAGGGCAUAGAAAGUGGAAGACGUAUGGCACUUUGCACCUUCCUGCAUUCCAUAGGAACGAUAUCCAGUGCAAAUUCUUCUCCACACAAGGAGAAAAUCCACCUAAAAUGAUGAACGUUGUGUCUCCUCACUAGGAGAACAUUCACCUACAUUUGUGAACGCUGUAUCUGGUAUAGCCGUAACAACAGUUAAAGACUAAAAACACAUUUUAACGUGUUUGCAAUGAACAGAUGUCUUGAUAUUGUGGAUUUCAUUCAAUAGCCCAUGAAUUCAGUGUGAUAGAACAAAUAGGUAAAUACUGAGGUUUGGACCCCUUCUAUUAAAGACGAGUUAUUUAAGUCUUUCCUUGGAUGAUUCCAGCUGUCCGUCAAAUAUAAAGUUAGGUUCCCGAUGUUGGCCAGAAACCUCCUUUAUUUUGUUACUUCUAGAGAGUGCUACAGUUCAUUGCUGGUGCUUUAAUUAUUAAUGUAAUUAAAUUAAAACGGCUCCUUUGUUUUUUCAUACUAGAAGCACUUGCCUCUGAUUUUCCACACCAAAGUAUUGCACGUGUCUUUGAACCAUGUUUUUGUGUCAAUGUUUGUUCUAACAUUUUCAGAUUUUCACAAAAAUCACAAGUUUUGCCGCAUGGCAAAAAUGGUCAUAUAAGCAGUGUAUGUGAAAUUAUAUAAUUUGGGUCAAAUGAACGAAUACGUGGUGGCUAAACCGCCAGUUUCACAAGAUGAUCGGGCAAUUAUUCUUUAUAGGGAGAUAUUUUAAUGCGUUUAUGUUUGCUUCUGUUUAUAGACGUUAGAAAUGUUUCUAAACAGAACAGUCUUUUGCAUUAAAAUGUUGCACUUUUUAAAAGCAAUGUCUAAUAAACAGCACAACAGGAAGCGCAAUGUAAUCUCCAAUGUUUUGUUAUCUUUAACCCUUUGGCUGUGUCACAGUCCUAAGCGACAACCAAGGGGUUAACUCUCUGCCCCUAGAGAUAGUUAAGAAAAUAAUAAUACUGCACUAAUAAUGUGUAUGCUUCGAGAAAGGACAUCAUACUAAUAGGGAAUAUAGACGAUUUAUUGAUUCAUGGCUGUGCACUAUCAUUAUGUUAUAUGAUUAUAACCGUUUGCUCAGAGCAUUGAAUCAGGCGUGACUGCACCGUGCUUGUGUAUAACACUCGCAAUAUGAAAAUGCAGUUUUUCUCUUUUUUUUAUGCAAAUAUAAAGUAAAAAUGUAAAUUACACUUGUACACAGUGUUAUCAGCAACUCUACAGCACGUUUGUGAAUGUUUUAAAUCAGUGCAUUGGUGCUAAACGCUAUUCAACAUAAUGUUUUAGUGCUGCCUCAGUACAAUCCUUCAUUACGUUAAGUCACCAGUAACAUGAAAAUAAAGACAUUAAACUCUAAAUGAAGUCCCCCAUAAAAAUGUUUAUGCAUAGUAAAAAUGAUUCUGUAUGCAUUCAUUAUGUUGCAUGCAACUCCUGUAAUUUACCUUUGUGUAUUAAACUUUUUCACUUAGCAUUAGGGAGUCUAUAUUGCAUACUACAUAUUAAUGGGUUGCUGCGGUUUUCCUUGUCGUGCAGCAUGCUAUAAAUUUGCAUCUGGGCUCUGACCAUAGCAACAUAGGUCAGGUAUAUACGGUCAAUAUGUUUUUUUUAAACAAUGUAGUCCUUUGCUGUUCUGGGUUUUUAGUACCAUGCAAACUUUAAUAACUUGACAGUCUUUAAACCAUUUCUGUAUUUUUCAAUGAUUUGAACAGCAGUGCCGUGGAAUAUAGGUAGAAAAUACUUUAUCCAAACUGCUUGGGACCGAAAAAAGGUUUGGAUUUUGGAAUAUUUGCAUCUUUAAAAUAGGACAGUGUGACGAGGGCAUGGAACCAAGUGUAAACAACAUCUUAUUUUUUUUAGGCAAUAUUUACAUCAUAAUACAUCUUAUACAUGCAACCUAAAGGUAGUUUUAGAUUAUUUUUGAUACUUUUGUAUACAUAGUACCAUCAGAACGAUAGUACAGUACUAUAAUCAGAACGGUAAUAUUUGUUGUUUUAAAUAAAUAUAAACUAUUAUCUGCAUUUUAGAACACACAAAAAAACAAACCAAAGAUACAGGUAUAGAAGACUGACUUACAGAUAGGGAAAAAUAUUAAUGUUUGAUCAUUUUUAUUUUUAAAAAAAUAUUAAUUAAAAAGUUUGGAUUUCAGAAUGUUUGGAUUUUGGAAUUUGUACCAGUACUAAUAUUCUUAUGAUUUUAUGUUCCUCGUUUAUGGCUAGAAAUAAAACCAUUAUUCCUUUCAUUUUUAUUUAUUCAGACAUGAACGUAUUAUGUCUGAUGGGUUUUGUUAGAGCUGAAAACUAAAUUUUCAUUACAAGCUUCUAAUUUAUAUCAGGUGUUCAUGGUACAGAUUCAAAACUGAUACAGUGCACCCUAGUGGAAAUCGUAUUAAAGGGACAGUAAACAAUAGAAUUAUUAUUGUUUUAAAAGAUAGAUAAUCCCUUUAUUAUCCAUUCCCCAGUUUUGCAUAACCAACACAGUUAUAAUAAUACACUUUUUACCUCUGUGAUUACCUUGUAUCUAAGCCUCUACAGGCAGCCCCCUGAUCACAUGACUGUGACUAUUUAAACUUGCAGUUAGUACUGUGUUGUGCUAACUCUUAAUUAACUUCCCGGGCGCGAACAUAUUGUUAUCUAUAUGGCCCACAUGAACUAGCAGUCUCCUGUUGUGAAAAGCAAAUACAAAAACGUGAUUAAGAGGCUGUCAAUAGAGCCUUUGAAACAGGCAGAAAUGUAGAGGUUUAAAUGUUAUAAAGUAUAUUCAUCUAACAAUGUUGGUUGUGAAAAGCUGGGGAAUGGGUAGUAAAGGCGUUACCUAUCUUUUUAAACAAUAACAAUUUUUGAGUAGACUGUCCCUUUAACGCAUCAAGAGAUUUAAAGCCAACUGAUUAGUAAAUUUGAAAAGCUUGUAAUUUUCAACAUGCACCAUUUUAAAUAGAAAAAAUAAAUAAAAAUACACUAGCUAAAUAAUAAACUAUUUCCCCAGGUGCUCUAAUCCAUCUGGGCGUCUCUUUAAUUUUUAGCAGAACAGGACAUUUGCCCAUGUUUCUGAGUAAUGGGGGAAAAAAAGCAGGAAUCAAAUAAGAAAUGAGGGAAAACAGAACAGACAAAUAUAUUUUUUUAUUGGUAAUCAAUAGUGAAAUUCUACCAUUCAUUUUCUGAAUAUUUUUAGAGACUCGGGGGGGAACCUGUACGUUUUUUAAAUUAAAGUGACAGUCUACUUGAAAAUUUGUAUUGUUUUAAAAGAAAGAUAAUCCCUUUAUUAAACCUCUGAAGACUGCCCACUCAGCUCAGUGCUUUUGACAGACAUGCAUUUUAUCCAAUCAGUGCUGACUCCUAAAUAACUCUACGUGAGUGAGUGCAAUGUUAUUAAUAUUGCACACAUGAACUAGCAUUGUCUAACUGUCCUAAACUGUCAAAAUGCACUGGAAUAAGAGGCAUUUUACAACAGUUUUUAAUUCAGUUUGAGCCUACCUAGGUUUAGCUUUCAAUAAAGAAUAUCAAGAGUACAAGCAAAUUUGAUGAUAAAAGCAAAUUGGAAAACUGUUUAAAAUUGCAUUCCCUAUCUGAAUCAUGAAAGUUUAAUUUUGACUUGACUGUCCCUUUAAAUAUUUGCAGCAUUUUGCAAACCUAGAUAACAGAAUUUGCUUUUAGGGAGUUUGGUACGAGCACCUUUUGUUUUCUUACACAGAAGUGAAAGGGCUUUGAUGUCCCUUUAUAAAGACAGCUGUGUAACCACAAGACUGAACUAAUUCACACAUUUUACUUAAAGGGACACUGCCACGAAUGUGUUAGAAAACACAUGCACAUUAUAUCUAUGUAAGCAUAAAACACCAGCCAGUAACUAAUAUGUAAAAUAAGCAGCCCUUUGUGUUUCUAAGAGUUUAAGGCAUUCCUCAAUCCUUUCCUAUUGCAGUUAUCUCAGACUUCCUUGCUCGGUUAUAGCAGUAUAGUGUUCAGUUAACUUAAUCGGACAUAAAUACCAAAAAACUAUACGGAUAUGUUGUAUAAAUGUUUAUUUGUCAUAGAUUUAAACUGUGUCUUUUAUAAUAUAAAUUGUCCCCUCUAGUGCCGUCUAAAUUCAGUCAAAGCAGAGAUAUCUGAGUAAUUUCCAUGAAAAUAUUAUUACACGCUUGCUGCAUAAGCAUUGUAGGCAUCUGGCUAUACGGUAAUAAGAGAAAGAAAAUUGAAAAGGAAAUUAAAAAAAAUAAUAAUAUAUAUAUAUACACACACUGUAUGUAUGCGUGUGUGUAUGUAUGUAUAUGUAUAUAUAUAUAUAUAUAUAUAUAUAUAUAUAUAUAUAUAUAUAUAUAUAUAUAUAUAUAUAUAUAUAUAUAUAAUUUUUAUAGAGGGCCUUUACCCUAAAAUCAUUUUCAGUUUUUAUGUGUUAUGUCUUAUUAUGGUCACACCACAUGGGGGUACACUUCUGUAGACCCCCAUAAACUUAGUUAUAUAGAGCAGAUUUCUAGUGUAUGUUUUCUUUUAUCUAUUGGCCAUUUUCAUUGGUCUCUGUGGUCAGCUGAUCCAUAGCACGGAAAUAUUGCACAUUUUUAGACAGAUUUAUGGAACUUUCGUUGCUUUGCUUCAAGCUCUGUUAGAAUAAAAGACUUUAUGCUGUCUCUAAUGUAUUCUGGGACAGUUAAGAUUUUAUUGUACUUAUUGUGAUUUUUAGUGUCCUUUUAUUCUUUAUCAGCUUUUUUUUUUUAUAUGUUCUAAGGUUUAGUCAUUUUAAUUCUCCCUCGUUUAACCAAAUGCUCUAUAUUUUAAUAUAGCAAAUGCAAAUUUCAUAUGGUAAAAGUUUAUUAUCAAAAGGUUUUCCCUUUACAGGAAAAAAAAUAAAUAAAUCAAGAAUAACGGUAAAUAGCACUUUUAAAAAAUAUCUGUACGAUUUUUAUUUAUUUGAAACGUCAUAAAAAAUAUCUCCAAUUUUGUGUUCUAAUUGUUUGUCAUUUUGCAAGUUUUCUCUUUUUCUAAUGGAUUGUUCUGUCUUUUCUAUAUUGAAACAAUAAAAUGAUAAAGCAAAUUUACGUACGUCA